AUGACUGCCAGUUUGGCACCGGUUCACAUCUACCCGGGCAAGGGCCUGGGCUUCAUAAGUAUGCCCUCGGAUGAUCUGCACGCGGGGAAUCUACUCAGCUCAUACAUUCACGCAGCUCUCGGUUCUUCACUGCACAACGUUUUGACUCGAGUCAAGUCCCACCCUCAGACCUAUCCCGCGAUCGAUCUGGCUUACUCGUCUUCGGACCCCCUGCGCAACCCUGUCGUUCUGAAGCUACCUGCAAACGGACUUCGCCUCCGCUUCGAUGGGCCGGACCAGCGUCUGCGCCUGAUCGAAGUAGUAGAUUUUUCCCGGGUGAAUUUGGUGUACAAGAACCAAGAUGUCAUGAAAGGUGCCAAGUCAGCGGAGCAGCCGACAUCCUCCCAGGGACCCAGCUUCCGACAUGUCUACAACCGUCUCUUCGGACCAUCGUACCCGGGAGAAUAUAUACCUCGAUCAGACCAGUCUCCAUAUGGCACCUACGUACUCUCUUAUCCCGGCGUUGCUUUCUCCUUCCCACUCCAGCACUCAGCUUGGUCCGACCAUUGCGAUUUCGUAGCACUUCUUUCUUCGUCAGCAGCACAACCAGCUACCUCGAUGGCCAUCUUCCAAGGGUCCUCGUGGCCCGAGGUCCGCGCGAAGCUGUUCACCCAACAGCCGCAAUACCCACGCGCUUCUGCAGUGGUCAGCAAAACGCGAGAAUCGUUUGCCGAUGAGGUCGAAGAAUUCCGUAUUCUUGGGGCUGGAAGAUUGGAAGUGUCGCGUCGAACCAGUCCGCCGGUCUCUAUCAUACUUGGAGAAACCACGCCACAGGACUUGAUCGCCGAAUUUGGCCCGCCAGAUGCCAUCUACCGUAAACACGACCGACGCAUAUCAAUCCAUCGCGCCACCGGCGCCGUUGGCGGAGACACCCUGAACCCAAGUCUAUCGCCACGAGGAGGUAUUGAAAUUGCCGAUACUGAUCAUUCAUCUAGCAACAGUGUCACUGAUGACUCGGACGAGGAGACAUUGGGCGGACAAGUCAGCGAUCCAGCCUCGGUGCCGGCCGAGAGUUUCUUCAACUAUUUCCACCAUGGCUUUGACGCAUUCAUAUCGCAUCCAUCUACACCGGGCCCGGCGUUCCCCGGCUCAGGAUUGCCUGACCCGACAGGCCCGUCCGCGUCCUUGUCGUCGCAGUUGACUGUGACCAAGAUCAUCCUCCAUGGAAAUGUCCCAGGAUCAUACCCAUUCAACCGCCACCGUCGCAGUCGCUGGUCAAUUCAUCUGGACCAAUCUAGCGAAGAGCUAAAUGCCGAGUCGCACUUCGAUGAGGUUUCUGAGCGACUCCGCGGCGUGUGGAAAGGAUCAUAUCCUAACUCGAAGGAGGGGCGCGCCAUGCAAAGACCGAUGGUGUUGAACCGCGGCUGGGGUGAUAGUCCUGAAAGCAGCGUUGAAUUUCUUGGGGGCUGGGAAGAAACCACUGCCAAAGGACAACGAUCUGGGUCUGAUGGGCAUGAUGGCGGGCUGGGCAAUACAGAACUCUUCGGAUUCCCGGGACUUCUGUUUGAAGUCCUCAAGAACGGUGCGGUUAGCUGCCUGACGGUCUAUUGA